AUGGCAGGCGUGGUUGAAUGGGGCUUGUUAGUGAUUUUUACAUUAUGCGGUGUUAAUGGGGACAGUCCGCUAUACUCUAAUGAGCCUGCAUUGCGAUGUCCACCAGAUGCAGAUCCUAAACGGUGCAUUUUUAAAGGUCAUCAGACUGAUGAAUACCUAUUUAAUAUAGAUGGUAAUAAUUUAUCUGUGACAUAUGGAGUGGCAUAUUUUCAAAUGCCCUGCUUGAAGGGCGUACCACUAGACAGCAAUUUACUACCAAGCUUUGGGCGUGUGACAGCGGUACCCAGAUUAACAUUGCGGGGAUGUGCCCUUCCUGAAGGACCUCUUGCAGAGGUGCUCACUGCACGAAAUCUGUCCCUGCCUGCAAUCUCCACACUGAAUCUUUACAACAUACCCCCUGAUUCCAAUGCCCUCACACAAGACCAUUUCCAUUUACUAAACCUUACUAUUCUAUCAGUGACAAGUGAAGCUCCUUUGUCUGUGUCUGCUGAUUUCCUGCGAAACUUAACACUUUCAGACCUACGUUUAGUCAAUGUCAACCUCACUAGUGACUCAUUGCAUCAACUUCCACAGACUCUUCGACUAUUAUCUAUUAAACGAUCUGAUUUAGAAGAUCUGCCUGUGAUUGCAUUAAAACGGUUUAUUACACUCAACCGUUUAGAGGUAGAGAGUAAACGCUUACACUCUGCACCACUCCAAGUUGUUGCCUCCUUGCGCUCCGUCGAGAUUCGGGCGCCUUUAGUUGAGCUCACGGUAGGAGCUGAACUGAAAAAUGCAUCCUUCAGCCUAGCGGCUCCAGCACCUGGUGGAUCAUGCUUUGUGGAACGGCUGAUGCUCUUUGGUGUAGAGGAGCAUAUUUUGCAAGCAUGGUUGCAGCGUUGCAGCAAUAUUCAUACAUUAGUGUACCGAUGUGCAGCAGGUGGUAGUGUAGGUCGAGAACCACUGCAAGGAUCAGGCGUUAAAACGCUACGUGAAUUCCACGUACGCAAUUGUCGACUUCGAGAUGUAGAGCCGAGGUGGCUAGCGGCUGCAACCGGCCUAUUGGUACUGGACCUGUCUUCUAAUAAAAUCGAAGCACUGCCUGCAGAGUUAGUUGUUACUUGCGAAGGAUUACAAGAAGCGUCCCUGCGCAAUAGUGGGGCAAAAAAAGCAGAUGUACGCGCACUGACCACCGCUACUACGUUGCGUUCGCUCGACUUGAGUUACAAUCAACUCGGAGAUCUUUGUCCUACCGCUGCUGAACAUAAUCCCAACGCUGUGUCUCUACUCUCACGACUGGUAGAGUUGCGAAAGCUGGAACUAUUGAAUACUGGGGUAACACGACUUUGUGCUGAUUGGAGGCGCGACUUGGCAUGGCUCUCUGAUCUCAAUCUGCGCUAUAAUAACAUCACUGAAUUGCAGCGAGAAGAUUUUAAAUGGCGACGCGAGAUUACGAGCACGAUUGACCUUCGCAAUAACCCGAUCCAUGGCUUGGUCUACGCGUCUAGAGAGUACCGGGCGUCUAGGGAAUCAGGUGAAACCGCGUCCGUAACCAUUGAGCUGGACUCAGAGCUGCAGUGCGACUGUGGGAUGUAUUGGUACGCUCGAAGUCUCCAGGACAGGGGCGGUGCUCCUGCACGUGUGUCUCUGGGACCUCUAGUAUGCACAGGUGGCACAGCUCUUGAGGAUAUGUCGUUGGAAGAACUUGUGUGUACUGUGCCGAGCCCUCCUUGUCCAAAGGAUUGCAUAUGCACUGCGCACGGUGGCGGUAUAACUGUACGCUGUAAUCAAGUUGGAAUGAAGCGCCCCCCGGACUUACCUUCAGAUUUAUCCUCUAUCACAUUACUGGAUCUCGCUCAUAACAAUAUUACCGAAAUGCCUACCGCUGUUAUGUUGCCUACUGGCAUAAUGAUGCUAAACUUAUCAUAUAAUGACUUGGAGCGUGUAAAUUCAGAAGCGGUAUCGUCCUACUUGGGAAAGCCAGGGCGUCAAUUGUGGCUCGCGGGCAAUCCGUUCUUGUGCACGUGUGAAAAUGUGGAUGGGUUGUCGGCUUUACGUGCUAACAGCGCGUCAGUGUCAGAUUGGGAGGCACUCCGAUGCACCGAUGGAAAAGCUAUAGCUGGUGUAGAAAUAACGACGCUCUGUACCAGCUCGCUAACGUUUAGCGCUCCGCUCGCUACGCUAUGCGUUGCAGCUGUAUUGGCUCUAGUAUCUGUCGCCGUAUUUCUUGCCAGCCCACGAGUGAGGAAACAUAUCAAGUGGUUGCUAUGGCGACGCUGGCCGGACGGAUGGGACGAAGAAGAGAAAGACGACACAAAUUACGAAUACGAUGCCUUUGUCUCGUUCUCGCACUGCGAACGUGAGCGUGCCCAGGUAGUCGCAUCUCGCCUUGAGGGUAUGGGUCGCCGUCUUUGCGUACACCAUCGCGAUUGGCGUCCAGGCGAGCUGAUCACAGCCCAGAUUGUCAGCUCCGUGCAUUCUUCGAGGCGGACAAUAGUCCUACUCUCGGACCAGUACCUCGCGUCGCCGUGGCCGCGUGCUGAAUUUCGGACGGCGUGUGCGCAUGCGCAGCGUUCAACGAGCGCUCGUCUCGUUCUAGUAUUACUGCCAGAGCUGAGCGCGUUGCCAGAAGCUCUCUCCUCCCAUCCAGAUCUAGCCGCUUUUGUUGCAUCCAACACAUACCUGGAGUGGGAGGACCCCUUCUUUUGGGAGAAACUCGAACGUGCUGUGCCUGUUCCUAAGGUAGAACCCAUUACAAGAUACUAG